CAAACCCCCCCCCCCCUCCUCCUGUGGAUCUAAUGCAACUAUUAGAAACAGCUGCCCAUUGUGCUACAUUGUAACUUUACAGAAACCGUACAAUGGAGGCGAAGACCCCGACGCCCGGCGCUGCCCCGUCCGGUGGCAGAUAAUGCUCCGCUGACCUGACUGCAAACACCUCUCCACUACCCUUUUCUAAAAAUUUGCAUAAAAAUCUGCAAAAAAAUAAAUAAAAAUAAUUAAAAAAAAUUAAUAACUCCAUCAUCACCUUCAGGAAUAAUGGCUACAAAGUGGCUAACGCAUCCGGCUCUGCUGCAUCUGCACGUGUUGGGAUUGUUGCUGGUGUUUGAUGGGUGUUCGGCAACGGAUGGGACCGGGCUGCAGUCUUAUAUGCCAAACGUGUGUCCAGAGCGAGUUCUGUCUAUAGCCGCUCACAAGCAGCCGGUGGUGGAGGCUUAUAGUCGGAUGGUGAAAGUUUGGAAACAAGGUUGUGCUGGACAGAUUUGGUGUGUUGGCUAUGAGCGGAGAACAGCGUAUUACACUACGUAUCGCCAGGUGUACAGCCGGGAGUAUCAGACAAUAAAUAAGUGCUGCCCAGGAUGGUCACAGCUGAACAGGGAAGCUGGCUGUCAGCACUCGGCCUGCAACUCCGGGGUCUGCUUCAAUGGAGGAAAUUGCGUUGAAGGAUCCUCCCAGCGGUGUCUGUGCCCUGCGGGAUUCCAGGGACCGCGCUGUCAAUAUGAUGUCAACGAAUGUGAAAACAGUAACGGCGGAUGUCAAGUGCAAUGCUGUAAUACCAUCGGGAGCUUCUACUGCAAGUGUCCUGAGGGGCAAAGCCUGAAGGAAGACGGAAAAACCUGUCAAGAUGUCGAUGAAUGCCAAGUCCAUAAUGGAGGAUGUCAGCAGCGCUGUGUCAACACCCCGGGGUCCUAUCACUGCGAGUGCAAAGCGGGCUUCCGCCUCCACGCAGAUAGCCGCUCGUGCAUUACGCUGUACUCCUGCUCUCUGGGAAAUGGCGGCUGCGAGCACGACUGCGUCCAGAUCUCCGUGGCUCAUUUUCAAUGUCGCUGCCGACACAACUACCUGCUGAAGGACGACGGCAAACGCUGCGAACUGAGUAACCCGUGUGCGACCAGGAACGGAGGCUGCAUGCACCAGUGCGCCAACGAUGGAGGACGCGCCAAAUGCUCGUGCCAUCCCGGGUACAGGCUGGCGGCUGAUGGGAAGACGUGCGAAGACAUAAAUGAAUGCGUGAGCGGCCUGGCCAUGUGUGCACACAGCUGUCUCAACACUCGAGGUUCCUUCCACUGCGGUUGCAGCCCUGGAUAUGAAUUAGGAGCUGAUGGGAAACAGUGCUACAGGAUAGAAAUGGAAAUCAUCAACACUUGCGAGAUCAACAAUGGCGGCUGCUCCCACGAAUGUCGUCACGGCAGCGCGGUCCCCAUGUGCGCCUGUCCGCAGGGGUUGGAUCUGGGCUCUGACGGGAAGACGUGUGUAGAUGCCGACGAGUGCACCAAUGGCGCGUCCUGCUGUCAGCAAGAGUGCUCCAAUUACGUGGGGGGCUACGAAUGCGCCUGUUACCCCGGAUACCGCCUCAACGUUGACGGCUGUGGAUGUGACGAUGUGAAUGAAUGUCUGUCCAACAAUGGAGGAUGCCACCAAGUGUGCGAAAACCUCCCCGGAUCCUUCCAGUGUGGCUGCAAUCCUGGAUACAGACUGAUCGCCGAUGGGAAAGGCUGCGCCGGCAUCCGGGAAUACGAUCCCAGGCAGCUCCCAGCUGAACAAACCCUUCCACAGGUGACGUUACUGCGGGACGAAUUCUCCCAGAUAUUUGACGACGAUUACGACGAAGAUGAAGAAGCGGAAUUACGAGGAGAACACACGCUGUCUGAGUCAUUCGUGUGUUUUGAUGGUUCAUUUGGCCCGGACUGUACGCUAACCUGUGACGACUGCCAGAAUGGCGCCACCUGUACUGUAGAGGAGGAUGGCUGCGUGUGCGCUCCGGGGUGGGCUGGGCUCAUCUGUAACCUGACUUGCCCAGAAGGAACGUUCGGUCUAAACUGCAGCCAGAAAUGUAACUGUAAAAACGGAGGAACGUGUGACGCCAUCACCGGCCAGUGCCGCUGCCCCCAAGGAGUGAGCGGGGAGUUCUGUGAGGACGGUUGCCCAAAAGGAUAUUAUGGUAAAAACUGUAAGAAGAAGUGUAACUGCGCCAACAAGGGGCGGUGCCACAAGAUCCACGGAGCCUGCCUGUGUGAGGCCGGACUCUACGGGCGCUACUGCCACCUAGCUUGCCCAAAGUGGACGUAUGGGCCCGGCUGUUCGAAAGAGUGCAUCUGUGUUCAGAGCAACACGCUGGAGUGCAGCAAAAGGGACGGGGCCUGCGCCUGUAAGCCCGGCUACCAGGGGGCGUCCUGCGAAAUCAAGUGUGACUCGGGAUUUUAUGGCAUUGACUGCAAAAAUAAGUGCACCUGCCAGCAAGGUGUACCAUGUGACCACACGAGCGGCAAGUGCCUCAAGCAGUGUCCACCUGGAUACCACGGGGAGAAUUGUGACCAAGAAUGCCUCGCAGGGACGUACGGGCUGAACUGUUUGGAGUCCUGCACAUGUGGAGGCGCCCCAUGUGACCAUAUAGACGGAACCUGCAUUUGUCCGGCGGGUAAAACUGGCACCGACUGCUCCAAAGAUUGCCCUGCAGGACGCUGGGGGGAUGGCUGUCAGGGGAUCUGCCCGCUGUGCGACCAUAACGGCAGCUGCGACCCCGCCACGGGGAAGUGCGUGUGUGAGCCCGGCUACACUGGGGACCACUGUGGGGACCGAUGCCCCUCUGGUUGGUUUGGACAUGGCUGCCAGUCACGGUGCCUCUGCCAAGAUGACGGCCAAUGUGACCCUAUAACCGGCAAGUGUACGUGCCCCCCUGGAUUUACCGGACACAACUGCAGGAGAGCAUGCGACAGCGGGUACUGGGGGGCCGACUGCGGCCAUAGCUGCAACUGCAGCAACAGCGUCUGGGGCUGUAACGCUGUGACGGGGGAGUGCGUCUGCGAAGCCGGAUACACCGGAAGGCAAUGUGAGCAGAAGUGCCCGUCCGGCUCGUAUGGAUCCGACUGCCGGCACCAGUGUCAGUGUGAGAACGGCGCAAUCUGUGACUAUGUGAGCGGAGCCUGCACCUGUGCCCCGGGCUGGAGGGGGACCUACUGUGAGAUUGCGUGUCCGGAAGGAUUCUACGGUACAGACUGCGCCAACAGCUGCCGGUGCGCCAACGGUGCCAACUGCAACCAUGUUACUGGGGUCUGUGUUUGCCAAGAUGGCUGGUUAGGACCUACAUGCAACCAAAAAUGUGAAGACAACAGAUAUGGAAGAGGCUGCAAGGAGACGUGUCUGUGCUAUAAUGGCGCCAAGUGUAACCAUGUCAGCGGGGAGUGUGUCUGUGCGCCGGGAUGGACUGGACCGCGGUGUGAACAAGCUUGUCAAGACGGAUUCUAUGGAGAGAAAUGUCUUCAGCCGUGUAUCUGCAGGAGCGGAGGGGUCUGCAACCACAUCACAGGGCGCUGCGCGUGCCCCAAAGGCUGGACCGGACUGGCGUGUGAACUGGAAUGUUCUCCAGGAAAAUACGGAGACGACUGUUUGCAAAACUGCACUUGUCAAAAUGGCGGCGUGUGUGAGCGUGGCUCUGGCGCCUGUAUGUGCCCAGCAGGGUGGAUUGGAGAAUCUUGUCAGACAGCCUGUCCAGCGGGGACCUACGGAGUCCAGUGCCUGGAGAAAUGUGAAUGUCGAUUUGGUAAUUCCUGUCACCACAUUACUGGGGCCUGUGACUGCCCCACCGGAUGGAGAGGGAAGCACUGCGAUAAGCCAUGUCUCCCAGGUUCAUAUGGUGAUCACUGCUCCAAGCUUUGUAGUUGCCCCCAUGGGACCCCCUGUAAUCACAUCACUGGGGAGUGCGGCUGUCCGCCGGGAUUCAUUGGCAAUGGAUGUGACCAAACUUGUGUUCCGGGAACAUACGGCCUGAAUUGCGGCAAAAUUUGCCAAUGUCCCGGUCAGCAUCAAGACUGCCACCCAGUGACUGGGGAGUGUAUCUGCGCUCCAGGCUAUCAUGGACACACGUGUCAGCUAAAAUGUAUCAGUGGAUAUUACGGCAGAAACUGUGAACAUGAAUGCAAAUGUAAGAAUGGCGACCAUUGCAAAGCCACAACCGGAGCGUGCCAUUGUCCACCGGGUUACGUUGGAGCCGACUGCGGCACCGUGUGUCCUCGAGGGAGGUAUGGAAACGGAUGCGCCCAUGUGUGCCGCUGCGGUCCUAAUGGAUCCUGCAAUCAUGUGACUGGCGACUGCGUCUGCGCCUCGGGGAGAAGAGGAAAGAACUGCGAAUACGCCUGCGCCAAUAAUUAUUUCGGGGAAGACUGUCUGCAAAUUUGCUUGUGCAAGAACGGAGGAUUGUGCAACCCGACCAAUGGGAUAUGCAGCUGUGGUCUAGGAUGGACGGGAGCCACGUGUGAGGAAGAAUGUCCUCCUGGGAAAUAUGGAGCCGACUGUCAGCUGGAAUGUUCCUGCCUGAACAAUGGGACGUGCGACAAAGUAACCGGGACCUGUCAGUGCCUGAGAGGGUUCUACGGAAACGCGUGCCAACACGUUUGUCCUCGCGGAUUCCACGGAAAUAAAUGUCAGGAAAUAUGUAACUGUGAAAAUGGCGCAUCAUGUGACCCAGCGACGGGGGUCUGCCGCUGCCCGGCUGGUUUCUAUGGAGAUAGAUGUGAAAAAGGCUGCAGUUCCGGGACAUACGGAGAGAACUGUGAGAAGAUCUGCGAGUGCGAAGGAAACGGACCUUGUGACUCGAUGACGGGAAUCUGUUUGUGUCCACCUGGGAAGACGGGAGCGACUUGUGACCUAGACUGCAGGAAAAAUCACUAUGGACCGAACUGCAGCCUGAGCUGUGAAUGCGGCUGGAACUCACAAUGCAACGCGCUGACCGGAGGAUGCAUCUGCCUCAACCGCUUCAUAGGAGCCACCUGCCAAGAAGGAGGCCCUCCCCCGCUUAUGUCCGCCCAUCUACAGGCAUUUCUCAAGACACAGUCCCGGCCGUCACAUCGAUCCUCUGUUAGAUAUUUAAUACAUUCAACCAAGCAUCGGCCAUAGACUCGAUCUAGAAGGAAUUCCAUCGCAGGAGCCACCAUUAAAAACAAACCACUAUCUACUCUAUACGGGACAAUGUUAAUUUACAUCCAUACGGGGAGAGACAUCCUGGAGCGAAGACUUCUGGAAGAGUCAACAUGAGGGGAAGAUGAGACAUCCUGGACUCCCGACUACAUGGAGACCACGAAGAAGACUCAUCGGUUCAUAGUUUGGUCUUCGGACAUUUCCAUUUGGCCAUGAGAAGACGACCGCCGGUGACAGGUUCUUCAUGAAGCCAUUGCCCCCCCUGUUGUCUUCUGCUCUCAGAUGGACAUCGUAAACUCAAAGACCACGGAUACACGCUCCUCAUUCUUGGAUUGUCCGAAUGCGAGACGACCAGAUCCUUGGAGAACUUCUUGACAUCUUGGUCAUCAGGGUUCAUGGCUUUUUUUGCCGGAUAUGUAUCUGAAGAGUCUAUUCUGAGGGUCACUGGUGUUUGCCAUACGUCUGUGGUUAUUGAUGUCUCUCCAUUUAACCAUAAUACAUUUUCAUUAACUCCGAUCUGGGAAAGUUGGGUGACAACCAAUGGAAAUGCCAUUACAGCCUCAGAAGAGGGUUGGCGGCAGCACAGCUUUUCCAGAGCCCUGAAUUCACCUGGCAGGACUCCAGGUAAACUGGUUGACUAAGUCCCCUAAAUGAGAAAUCUGCUCACUAAUAUGGUGAUACACAGGGACGUGCAGGUAGCCCCUGCCCUUCUCAUGUUCUUAUAAGUGCCCUGGGCAGCCUGGCAUCAUUAUGUGGGCAUUUAUAUAAAGAAUUACAAGAAGCCCCUGCCCCCCAAAACAUAUGUGCACUUCCCUGGUGAUACAUAUCCUGCUCCAAUAUCACUGCUCAAAACCUGUAGGAAAGUUGUACAGCGGUGGCCAUUUUGGUUGCUAUCCAGCUUCCCCGGUAACAACUACACGGCUGCUGAGGUUCAGUUAUGUAGCAGUGAAAACAGCAGCCAAGGGCCUCUCCGAGCGAUAGCCUCACUGUUCUAUGUAUUAGAGGGGUUAAUGUAUUUUAUAACUGGGGAGAGGGUCUCGUCUUAAAGGGGUACUCGGGUGGAAAACAUUUUUUAAAUCAACUUACUGGUGCCAGAAAGUUAAACAGAUUUGUUAAUGACUUCUAUAA